AUGAGAACCAGCAACCACCUAUUAGGUUUCCUCAACUUCCUUACCUUCCUCCUCUCCAUGCCCAUCCUGGGCGGCGGAAUAUGGCUGAGCAGUCGCGCCAACAACAUCGACUGCUUGAAAUUCCUCCAGUGGCCUCUCAUAGUGAUAGGCGUCUCCAUCAUGAUCGUUUCACUCGCGGGCUUCGCCGGCGCGUGCUACAGGAACACCUUCCUUAUGUACCUGUACUUGUGGGUUAUGUUCGUGAUCAUAGCCACCAUUAUUGGAUUCGUCAUCUUUGCUUAUGCUGUAACCGAUAAAGGGUCCGGGCGGCCCGUGAUGAACCGGGUUUACACGGAGUAUUAUCUUCAGGAUUACUCGGGUUGGCUAGAGGAGCGCGUGACAAGUCCGAGUUACUGGAGUAAGAUCAGUUCUUGUAUUAGAGAUUCCCAUGUGUGCAAUAAGAUGGGAAGAAGUGUCGGGGGAGUUCCUGAGUCGCCGGAGUUGUUUUACCUCAGAAAGCUCAGUCCCAUCGAGUCCGGAUGUUGCAAGCCGCCUACAGCAUGUGGGUAUGUGUACAUGAACGAGACAUAUUGGAACCAGCUGGGAGGAGAGCUAGUCGGAGCUGAUCCAGAUUGUGUCCGAUGGAACAAUGAUCAAGAGCAACUGUGUUACAAUUGUGACUCGUGUAAAGCCAGCGUAUUGGCAAGCCUGAAGAAAAGUUGGAGGAAAGUAUCUGUGAUCAAUAUUGUCAUAUUAAUCCUAUUAGUUAUCCUAUACGUUAUAGCUUGUGCAGCGUUUAGGCACAACAAACGGAUGGACAACGAUGAAGCCUUUGGCGAGACCCGAAUGGAAAAGGCACAACCUAGUAGGAUACAUUUCUAA